AUGUCAUCUUCCCGUGAAGGGCUCAAUCCUCUGCGUCCUUAUUACUUCCCCCCCUCCAUGGGCCUGGAGACCGCCAACGCCACUUCAUCCCCCCCAGAUGCGUCAUCGGCCCAUGUUUUUGGAAGCUCUGCCCGCGACUUGCUGUCCGACUUGGACUACUCGGACUAUUUGGAGAACUCCCCCUCGGUAUCCAGCUGGAUUAAAGAUGCCUUGGACCGUGCACUUUGGAAAUAUACCAGUCUCUUAACUGCACAACCGUUUGACGUCGCGAAAACCAUUCUACAGGCCUAUGUCGUGCCGGACAGCCAGGAUGGGCAAUGGCUUAUGGAUGGCCAUCGGAGGCAAAGUUCGGGGGCUCGGGGCGAUCCCUAUGAUGAAGAGGAAGAGGAUGAAGAAGAAGAAGAAGAACAAGAGGGAGUUGAUGCGUUAUCCUCGGAUGAUGAGAGCAGUUACUUCACGUCGACAGCCCCUGCCGCCUCAUCGCCCUCAAACUCACGAUCUCGAAAAUCUCGACGCCAUAUCACUGAUCGAAUGGGUUACAUUCAGCCCUCAACCCCGUCGUCCCGGAACGCUUUGAGAAUCAAAAAUCCAAGCUCCCUGAUGGAUGUACUUUCUCAGUUGUGGACUACCAGCGGACCAACAUCCCCAUGGAAAGCAACCAAUGCCACAUUCAUUUACUCCCUACUCCUCCCGACCUUGAAUACAUUCAUUCGCAGUCUCCUGUCAGCCAUUGUGGGACUACCAGAGGAUGAUAUCUCGUCCUCUAUGACAGCGGACAUUCUGACUUCGACCUCUCCAAUUGCUACCUUGGUGCUGUCAUUCAUCUCUACAUCCUUGUCUGCAUUGAUCCUCUCCCCGAUUGAUACAGCCCGCACACUCCUCAUUCUCACGCCCGUCACCCAUGGACCCCGCUCCCUUAUACGUGCCAUUCGACAAAUCCCAACUCCCAACUGCACGGUGCCCGCUCAUCUAGUCCCAAUUACGAUCCUCCAUUCGAGUUUGCCGAACUUCAUAACGACCACCACCCCGCUCUUCCUGAAAUCAUACCUCUCCCUUGACCCCGUCCUCAAUCCGUCCAUGUGGAACUUGUUUACUUUUAUGGGGUCCGGCUUGGAACUGGCAAUCCGGUUCCCUCUGGAAACUGUGCUGCGUCGCGCGCAGAUCGCUACCUUCACGUCCCCAAGCCUCCGCCAACAGCCUACUAGUAGGCUAGCCUCUGCAAAGCCCUCAGAGGCUGUUCCUGAAGCCCCAGAGGUCGACACCAUCGUCCCGACACCCCGUACAUAUAGGGGUAUUGUCGGAACGAUGUGGGGUAUUGUCUACGAGGAGGGUGUUCAGCCGAAUCCAGAGGCUGAGAGGGCGCAGGCCUUAUUCAACAAGCCCAUUGCGUUGAGGAAACGGCAAGGCCAGGGAAUCCAUGGCCUCUAUCGCGGCUGGCGAAUUGGUAUGUGGGGAAUUGCCGGUAUCUGGGGCGCCAGCUUUCUUGGAAGCACCGGUGCUGUCGGGGAGGAUGGAGUGAUGCCUAGUGGAGGCCGCUUUUGA